UGGUCCUCCUUCAUCCUCAGAUUCAGCCCUAAACCAUCUGCCGUUCCUCUCCUUUCUGCCAUUUUUGAACUCACAAAGCUCGAAUUCUCUGAAUCAAGCUCCAUCAACACUACUGCUUUCUUCCCCGUCAUCUCUAGAAGAAAAUAUGGCUAUGAGCCAAUCUAGAUUAUUUAGAAGCAUUAUCAAUGCCAAAGAUGCAAUCAAAGUGACGUCUGUGAGAACAUUUGCUGCUGGAGGUAAAAAGAAGGGCUCUAAAGGCGGUGCGGCUGCUGAUGGUCCUAAAGCAUCAAUUCUAAGUAAAGAGGUCAAGUCUUCCACUGUUGUUGGUGCCAAUAUUCUUAAGGAAGGUGCAGAUCCAAAAGUUAUGGCAGACUCGGAGUACCCCGAUUGGCUGUGGCGUUUGAUCGAUAAACAUCCAGCUCUGAGUGAAUUACGCAGGAAGAAUGUCGAAGCCCUUCCCUACGAGGAUCUGAAACGAUUCGUUAAACUGGAUAAUCGAGCAAGUAUUAAGGAAAACAACUCUAUUAAGGCCAAGAAUUGAUGUAAGAAUCUAGCAUAGGCUUUUGUUAAUGUAAUGCAGCUCCUUUCUUCCCACAAUUAUAUAUGAUUAACUUUGGUCCUUUUUUUUUUUGUUUUACACCUACCCUCACCCCCGCAACGACCUUCGACCGUUCGACUUAGUCUUUGAGUGCUGGAUUAGUGAUAUCAUGUCAUGGAAACACGAUAAGGUCGUAGUCUUGUACUGUAGAAUGAUUAUCAAUAACUAGCAAGCCUCAUCUCUGAUCUCUGCCUUGCCUAUCA